GUUGACAAUCUCAUGAAGAAGGUGGACAGCAGUCCUUUGGACUACGAAACCUUCAGCAAAUUGAUGGAGGACGCGCUGUCGGAGUGGCUCGCCGCCGAUCAAGCGGAGCAGUUGCUCAAAGAUUUCCGAGUCUUUGACAAAGAUGGUACAGGGCGAAUGUCCAUCAACAAGCUGGUGGAAGUAAUGUCUAUGUCAGGGAACAGCUUCACUGAUUCUGAACUUGAGGAUCUUCUCCUGAGCUCUGGAGUAGAUGGCGGUACGGUCGAUUACCGCGCGGUGGUUCAGAACCACUUCUUUGGCGAUGGAAGUUUUGCUGCCUUGGGCGACUGGCCGGCGCUGCAAGGCGCCAAGCCAAAAGACCCAUUGCAGGAGGCAACCUCCCUCUGCGAAGUGGCCAAGAUGAAAGCUGAACGAGGAAAGAUCCAGGAGGCAUUGGAGCUCUACCAAGAUGCUUUGGCUGGGCUUGAGAAAACUCAAGCUCGCUCGCUCUUAGCCUCAACUCUUCAUGACAUGGCACGCUUGCAGGAAAACAACGGAGAAGCUGAGCAAGCUCUUGCUUUGUAUUUGCGUGCUUUGACGAUCAGAGAAGAGGUCUUGGGUCCGAAUCACUUCUACGUGGCGACAACGCUUGAUUGCAUUGCGAACUUGAAAGAUGGAGCAGGGCAGGUCGAAGAAGCAUUGCAGUUCGCAUGCCGAUCAUUGGAAAUCUGGGAAAGAUUCUUUGGACGGGAGCAUUCCCACAUCGCGAAGAUCUUGUACAACCUUGCUGGACGCCGAGACUUAGUGGGAGACACCAAAGGUGCUCUAGAAUUCUACAUUCGAUCUCUGGCGAUCUUCAAAGAAGUCCAUGGAAUGCGAAGUGGGGAAGUGGCAGAUGCAUUGGACGGAAUUGCAGAUCUCAAGUGGCGAUCCGGGGAGUCCAAAGAGGCUCUGAUAUGCUAUCGACGAGAGCUGGGUAUCAGAGAAAAGCUGCUUGGACCAGAACAUUCAGAAGUGCUGGAGCUCCGGCAGUUUAUCACUUCCCUUGAUCCAUCUUGAUCCACCUUGACAGGUUGUGCCCGAGUCUGGUAGGUUUACAGGACACCAGAUGAGAACACGCUCGGAGAAGAUUGGACGUGGAGGUGAGGGACCAGCUGCUGGCGGCGACCCGUCCUGGACGAACAGCUUCGGCGGCUCACGGCAUGUGGAACUGCUGAGACAUUCUGCGCC